GGUUAACAACCAAAAUGGCGUACCUCGGUAAAUGAAGUGGUCGCGUCGAUGGCUUGCUGAGCGUUCUUAUACAUAAGCCGGGGUUUAGGAAGGUACACCUGCUGCUGCCAAUAUGCCGCGGUCGACGGCGUCGUCAGAUAUGAAAUAUGAAAACAGAUUAUGUUUACCACCAAUACAUGUACAAAUUAUACCCAGGGAGAAGGCCAACAGAAGCCAGCUUGUGGAUUCGGUUUCUAGUUUGCCAGCAAUUGCAGCGCCCUGCAGUGUUAAGUCAUUGAGUACCGUAUCCCAUAGUGCACCUGUCAACCCUAGUGGUGCAACACCAUACAGAUUGCCACGAAUAACACCUAAAGUUAAUAUGUCAGCUAUUUCAAGGCUAACAAAACAAGAAGAACUUUAUAAGAUAGAUGAUGAUGAUGAUGGAAGGUCCAGUGCCAUUAUACAUUACAUACACAAGAAAAAGAUGUUUAUUCCCCCACACACAAUCUCUCAGUUACAGAGGGCCAAUUCAUUGAUGGUGCCAUCAUUUCGCAAAGCUCAUUUAGCGCCAAUGACGCCAGCGCCAUCAGUAGCUAGUGAUCGGACUUAUAAUAGAGUUAAUAGAUUAUUACAUGUACCCAAACUGCGAAUUGGAACUGGAUCAGUGCAUAGUUUUCAACAGAAUCUAGAUGAGGAAAUAUUUAGAAGAAAAAAGAAAGUGGCUUGGAAACUUUCACCACACACGAAUUCAAGUUUUGAUAAGGCAAGUUGUGGGUACAGCGGUCCCUUCUCCAGGGAAUUCACCAUUCAUUGCACAGCGCCAAAUUCAUGGUUACGAAAGAAAUGGAAAGGACAGUCUACCACUCUGAGAUAACACUUCAUACUACCCUGAGUGUAGUGGUUGACAAGUUGACCUGGUUGUAGAUAUCCUACGGGAUUGAGAGAAGCUACAUAGCUAGCCUGGGUAGCCAACUAACAGGCUGCAUGCUGCUCUGAUUGAGGAGUACUUUAUUAUUCAGAUUUGCAAAUUCUGCAACCAUUCAUGUUUUAAACAUUGCUAAAAGCUCAGUUUGUUGUUUUACAUGAAGAUGGAGCAGUUUGUUCCCUCUUACAUCCGUCCACCGAUAUAGUAAUUUGUGCAAAUGAAUCCCC